AUGGCUUUCAUCGGAGAGGCUGCUCUUUCUAAGCUUUUGGAGCUGUUGCUCGGCAAGUCCAUCGAUGCUGCGCUCAACUUUGUUGCUGAUCACAAGCAAGUGUAUGACCAGCUCAAGGAGUGGAAAUCCAUAGUCCGAUAUCAAAGCAGUGCUGAACCACGCAGAGGAGAAGCAGAUCAAGGACAAGGUGUGAAGAGUUGGUUGGAAGAUCUCCAAGACUUGGCUUACGAUGCGGAUGACAUCCUGGACGACUUUGCAUAUGAACAGUUACGUCUCAAUCUCCACAAAACUCAGGCUCAGGCCAGCACUAGUAUGGUACGAAAACUCCUUCCUACCUGCUGUACCGGUACUGAUUUCACUCCGUCUUCAUUUCUAUUUAAAAAUGACAUGAUUCCCAAGAUGAAAGGCCUCACUGCUAGACUCAACAGUCUGAGACAACAAAAAACGAGAAAUGCUUGA